AUGAGCAGUUCAGGCUGCGUUCUGUCGUGCAGGCACCAAAUGUUGACUGCUGUUCAUCAGGAUAUUUACGAGAGCUUCACGGCCGUGGAGGGUGGCGGUGGGGGAGUGUGGGGCUCUUGGUCGGGCCCAGGGGGAGCCGCCACCAUUGCAUCCAACGAGUGGAGAGCGAACGGCAGCCCAGAGGAGGGCUGCGAUGGGGAUGGGGGUGCGGACGGGCUGGACAAGGCCCUGGACGGGGACGCAGAGGGGGUCUGGAGCCCAGACAUCGAGCAGAGCUUCCAGGAGGCGCUCGCCAUAUACCCCCCCUGUGGACGACGGAAGAUCAUACUCUCUGACGAAGGCAAGAUGUAUGGUCGCAAUGAGCUGAUAGCAAGAUAUAUUAAGCUGCGUACUGGAAAGACACGUACAAGGAAGCAGGUUUCUAGCCAUUUGCAGGUUCUUGCGCGGAGAAAGUCACGCGAGAUUCAGUCUAAGCUGAAGGCCAUGAAUCUGGAUCAGGCUUCCAAAGACAAGGCUCUGCAAAGCAUGGCUGCUCUGUCCUCGGCUCAGAUCGUCUCAGCCAGCGUGAUGAAGAGCCAGCUCACACACAUGGCCCAGCCCCCCUACGCACCCCCCACCAGGUUUUGGCCUGGCCCCAUCCCAGGACAGCCCGGACCAGGACCUUCUCAGGACAUCAAACCCUUCGCACAAAGCCCAUACUCCAACCUGCCUCCUCCAGUACCCACACCCAUCACAAGUUACGACCCUUUGCCAGCACCCCUCCCUCCGGUGGCAACAGCAGUGCCUGUGUGGCAGGACCGCACCAUCGCCUCCUCUAAGCUGCGCAUGCUCGAGUACUCUGCCUUUAUGGAGGUGCAGCGCGAUCCAGACACUUACAGCAAGCACCUGUUCGUCCACAUCGGUCAGACGAACCCCUCCUACAGUGACCCUCUGCUGGAGGCCGUGGACAUCCGGCAGAUAUAUGACAAGUUUCCGGAGAAGAAGGGCGGGCUGAAGGAGCUGUACGAGAAGGGUCCACAGAACUCUUUCUUCCUCGUUAAGUUCUGGGCUGACCUGAACAGCAGUGGGAUCCAGGAUGGCCCGGGCUCUUUCUACGGCGUAAGCAGCCAGUACAGCAGCUCGGAGAACAUGAGCAUCACCGUGUCCACUAAGGUCUGCUCAUUUGGCAAACAGGUGGUGGAAAAGGUGGAGACGGAGUACGCUCGCAUGGAGGGAGGGCGCUACCUGUACCGCAUCCACCGCUCGCCCAUGUGCGAGUACAUGAUCAACUUCAUUCACAAACUUCGGCACCUUCCGGAGAAAUACAUGAUGAACAGUGUACUGGAGAACUUCACCAUCUUACAGGUCGUAACAAACAGAGAGACACAGGAGACUCUCCUUUGCAUAGCUUUUGUUUUCGAAGUGUCCACGAGUGAGCACGGGGCACAGUACCAUGUCUACCGGCUAGUAAAGGACUAACUGGCACCCCUUCCCAUUCCCAAACUCCGUACUCGCCUCUACAGUUCAGACUAACUGGUGCGCCGUACCAGCCGUACCCUGUACCCCAACCCCCCCAUUCCCACAUCGACUCUCCCUGCAGUCUAUGGGCAAUUGGCUUUUACCUACUGAAUGUCCGGACUGGAAUAUGGCUUCUCAUCCACAAGACUGCUUCAGUCAGUCACUGGACUGGUCAUAGCCCCAUGAUAACAAGACACACAAGAAGGGAUGCCAAUGUUCCUACGACAACGCUGACAUAUAUAGAGUGAAGCUGCCAAGGAUUACGACAAAAUACAAAUAAAAAAGCGUGUAUAUUUUAUAGAACAGUGGGUAUUUUUCUAUGAAAAUCACUGCAGGUUUUGUAAAAUAGGAACUGUAUGAAUCUCAAAAAUGAGGCAAAACAAGGCAAGCACGCAAGAAAUAUUAUGCACUAUGUUGUGUAAGGGCAAUUGUUUUUUAUAAACGUAUUUAAUUGUUUGAAACUUGCGAGAGAAAAGAAAAAAAAUGGUUUGAUUGGUCUUGUGCCUUACAUGGAGAUAUAUUUUUAGCGAUGAUGCUUCUUACUUUUUAAACAUAUUGAAUGCAGAGUUGAAAUAGUGAAGUGAUAAGUUUGUGAGAGGGUAAUUUAUGCUGUUUGAUAUGAUAUGGAGUUUAGGCAGUAGGCGGACAGAAGGUACUUCUCAGAGCACUGCUGAGUUGAAUGAAUGGUUCAAUCCUCUGUCAUCAACGAGUGUUGAGUGUGAGAAUCUGUGUUAGAAGUAUUGGUGUCAUCGGUUAUGCACUUGUGUGACCUAGCUCACUCCCAGCAUGGUGUGAACAGUUGAGUUUCCUGCCAAAAUGUUCCAGUAUACCUCCCUUGACUUGAGAAAGAGUUAAAGGGUCUGUUUAAUACACCUCUUUGGGAAUGAACCAUGUUGACUCUAGAUGGAGUAAAUAAGACAGAAGCAUGUCAUACAGUAUGUGUUUAAAUUUGGCACGUGUUACAGCAAGGCGAUAUGCAGUGCCGAAGUUUUAUAGGUGUGUCGUUGUUUACGUCACUGCAAGAGGGAAGAUUGAUGGUUGUCACUAAGUGACAACGAGUCAGUUACCGUACAGUACAUAUGGGUUAUUGUGUUUUUUUUCUUUUUCUUUUUUAAGUUUGACAUCUUUAACUAUUGUUUUUGAAACUGCAAAUGUAUCAGUCAGGUGACUCUCUCUACCUCCUGGUGUUUGUGUAUUUUACUAUGCAUGGCCUUAUUUGAGGCCCUGUUGUCACGAAACACAGCGAGGCCUAGUAGCCUAUGAAGGCUACAUUGUCACCAACACACCAAGGCCUUGUAGCCUACGAUUGCUGCGUUCUUACCAACACAGCUGUCUGUCUGUUUAGGGGAGGUUUGAUGGGGAGCCUGAAGCCUCAGGUGUUUUCUUUGUUUUUCUACCGGGAUCAGCAUUGGAUCAACAGCAUUGAUGUGAUGUGGGCACUGCGGAUAUCCAACCAGACCAGACCAGACCAGUGUCACAUUCUUAUGAAAUGGACAAUGAAAAUAUACAUACGGCAAAGCCCCUGUAUCUGUCCUUGGGAACAUUCGACAUUCAACACAUUUGCUAAAUUCAGCAAUCAACAGACAUGCUUACGAAUAAAGCAUAUGGACGGUUCAUUUGAAAUGUUGUCAAAUUGUGUUCUAGAGUGGAGCGCUGUGACAGCAGGGUGUCAUGUGUCGUGAUACGCCCAACACCCCCCACUGCCUCAUGCUCUACCAGUUUCUGAAUUUGAUACUCCAACUGUGUUAUUGUUCUUUUCUCAGUAACAACAGUACCCUGGGUUUUACAAAGCUGAGACUGUAUUUUAUUAAGAAUCCUAGACAUACAAAGGCACAGUUCAUAACCCAUACCUGCUCAACAUGAUGCCUUUACCACUGUGCAAAACACCCUAGGCCUUUUUUUAACUGUAAGGGGAUGACUCUUUCUAAUGUAAUCAUGUGGAUGGUUUUCCUUCAUCAAAUAGUAGCUUGCAAAAGCAUAGUGAUUUAACAGAAUUCCCCCAAAUCCAAUUUGCACAGUACUUUAUCUGUUGGAAGUUGUUAUCAUUAGAAAGGAAUCCAACCUUUAUCCACUCGUAGGGAGCUACUGAUUCAGGCACAGGAGUCAGCUGGUUUCUUGUUGGCUUCCUCACUCAGCACAACUCAGGACUGUGGCCAGAUAAAUUCAUUUGAAAGUAAUUCAUGAGAAAGUAAAAAAGUUACUUGCCUUUGCUCAUCAACAUUCUUUUCGUACUAAUGUGUGGAAAAACCAUUGCAUUCGCUCAUGUUCUACUUUUGUUGCAAUGUGAUAUACGUAUAUAUAAUGGAAGACCUUAAGAGAUUUUCCUUUAGGCAAGAACCCUCACCCCUGGUUCGAGGUCCUGGUUCCAAAAUGCACAUGUCACCUUUCAGUGCUCUUGAUCAUUUUAAUAAGCAUUGCGUCUGUAUGGGUGAGGUCAUCUCAUGAUUGCCUGGGACUGGCCUUUUAUAUAGUAUCCUACAUUAAAGCAACACUAAGUAGCUUUUUUUUUUAAAUCAAUGUUUUAUUCAUUGUUUCCAAAAUUGUGUAAGUGGUUCAUUGGGUGAAAAUAGCGAGGUGAAAGGCGCUUCUGAAUUCAUAUAGCCACUCUCCACGGGUUAAAACUGUGUGUACAAAUUGUGUUUGUUUGUUUGUUUGGCCCUCUCUCUGUUUAUCUUUCAGCUGAGAGACAAUUCCACUUCUGACCUGUAUGGUGACCGGAAAAGAAAACUACCUAGUGUUGCUUUAAACUUUAAAAGACUCCAUGUCUCUCCAGCUCCGGCUUAAAGCUAUUACAUCAGUGACUUUUGCUUGUGUGAUGUUCAAAUUCAACAUGGUACAGCUGUUGUCAAUUUUAUUGUUUUUUUUUUCAUUUACCAUUUUGCCUUCAUGCAUUGGUGCUUUCAAUACCAUUGGUACUUUGUGAUAUUGUGAGGGUGGUAACAUUAAACUGUGUUUUUUUUGUUUUGUUUUUUUGUUUGUGGAUUUUACCAAUAAAAUGGCAUGGUUCAAUUGAGCCAUUGUUUGCUGACA